AGUGAAAAAAUAAGGUCCCCCGUCCCGAGUGAGAGAGUAGAGGAGAGAAGAGAGGGCGGAGACUUCUACAGUCCACGCACCCGCAGACUCAAACCGCUUAAGAUUUUUAUACACAGAUGCGAGUGUCAAUGUCUCUAUAACACAAUUUAUUUAUUUUAAAAGUAGUUUUGGUUUAAUUUUUAUCGCACAAAAAUGGCAAGAAAUCUUGGAAGAUUUCUGGUUUUGAUCGCUGCGACAUUGAUCUACUCAUCCGCCCUCGCUUCUUAUAUCUUUCAACCGAUCUCCGAUUCACACCGAUCUGCUGCUUUAGAGCUCUUCAAUCCUCUUGGUGGAUCUUCUCCCAGCGUAGAAGAAACAUACGAGGAACUUAGGACGUUUGAGGUUCUUGGAAUUGAUAAAAGGUCUGAUAUCAGCACAGCUGCUUGCCAGUCUGUAUCGGAAAUCCAUGGGUCGUCGUCUUCUACUUUGAAGGAUUUAUUCUACGCCUUAAAAGUCAACGGAAUAUUAAAGUGUGACAUCAAAGAGGAUGUGUUUGAGGGUGUUGCUUCAAGGCUACAAGCUGCUGUCAGUGGUGCAAGUGCUUUGCUUGAUUUCUACUAUUCUGUGGGAGGUUUAGCUCUUAUCAAGGGUCAAACUUCGAAAGAUGAUCUUUAUCUUGCUGAUGCUGAAGGAGUUUUUCAGUCCAUCAAGGCACUGAGCCAGAGUGAUGGAAGAUGGCGCUAUAAUUCUAAUAAUCCAGAGUCUAGCACCUUUGCUGCUGGUCUAGCACUUGAAGCACUUGCUGGUAUUGUCUCAUUAUCAUCUUCCGAGAUAGAUCAAUCUCUGAUCAGCACAACUAAAAAUGAUAUAUCGAAGCUGUUUGACAGCAUUGAGAAGUAUGAUGAUGGGGCCUUUUACUUUGAUGAGAAGCUGGUUGGUGCACGUGAACAUCAAGGUGCUCUUUCAACUACAUCCUCUGUUGUUAGAGGACUGACAGCAUUUGCAGCUGUGACUUCAGGAAGCUUGAAUCUUCCAAGUGGCAAAAUAUUGGGUUUGGCAAAAUUUUUCCUCGCCAUUGGAAUUCCAGGUGAUGCCAAAGACUUGUUCAACCAAGUAGAUUCCCUGGCUUUCCUAGAGAGCAACACGGUUUCCAUUCCACUGAUUCUAUCUCUUCCAGCCACAGUUCUUUCAUUGACUAAGAAGGAUGCGCUUAAGGUUAAGGUGAAUACUGUGCUUGGUUCAAAUGCACCUCCUUUGACAGUGAAUCUUCUACGAGUUUUCAGAUCUGGUUCAAAGGAUACUUUGUUAACUGGGAGUCAGGAACUCAAGUUUGACCCUGAAAACGCUGUCUAUACCUUGGAUGCUUUGCCAAAGAGUGUUGAUGUUGGAAAAUACACUUUUGUUUUUGAGACUGUGCUUCAUGAUUCAGACCACAAAAACUUAUAUGCUACUGGAGGCCAAACUCGGAUUCCAAUAUAUGUGACUGGAGUUAUCGAAGUUGACAGUGCAGAAAUUGCAGUGCUUGAUAGUGAUCUUGGGAGCAUAGAAACCAAGAAGAAGAUAGAUUUAGCUGGAGAAAAUACUGUAUCAUUAUCUGCAAACCACCUUCAGAAGCUGCGCCUCUCUUUUCAGUUGUCUACUCCUCUUGAUCAUGCAUUUAAGCCACAUCAGGCAAUUCUAAAAUUGACGCAUGAGACUAAGGUUGAGCAUAUCUUUUUGAUGGGGAGCUCUGGAAAACAGUUUGAGAUUAUUCUUGAUUUCCUUGGACUGGUUGAGAAAUUUUUCUAUUUAUCAGGGAGAUAUAAUGUUCAACUCGCUGUGGGUGAUGCUGUUAUGGAGAACUCUUUCUUAAAGGCUAUUGGUCACAUUGACCUGGAUCUACCCGAACCACCUGAGAAGGCACCACAGCCUCCAGCACAGCCUCUUGAUCCAAACUUGAUAUAUGGUCCUAAAGCAGAGAUAGCUCACAUCUUCAGGGUUGCUGAAAAGCUUCCACCUAAGGAGCUUUCUCUUACUUUCUUGGGUCUUACACUUUUGCCAUUUCUUGGAUUCUUACUUGGGCUAUUGCGUUUAGGGGUGAACUUGAAGAACUUCCCUUCCUCAUCUGUUCCCGCCAUGUUCGCUGCCCUCUUCCAUCUUGGCAUAGCAGCAGUUUUGUUGCUCUACGUGCUUUUCUGGCUGAAGUUGGAUCUAUUCACAACACUGAAAGCACUUUGUUUCUUGGGAGCUUUCCUGAUGUUUGUUGGACACAGAAUCCUUUCUCACCUGGCCUCAUCAUCAUCCAAGUUGAAAUCUGCCUGAGUAGGAGAGAAUUUCCUGUUUCAAAACAAUUAGACAUUGACCCAAUUUUGUAGGGGAUGUAAACUAUUGAGUAUGUUAUACCUGUUAAGACUUCCGGCACGCAAUGAAAAAGGGUUUAUCUAUGUUUUGGGUUU